GACCGCCGAAGCGGAGGCUAAAAGCUCUGCCUUCUGAGUUUGAAAUGUUCCUCCAAGCAGCGACCGAUAAACGGUGCUGACGACCAUCUGCUGCAUUUAGGAAGGAGGGACGGAGCAAACACGAGCGAUGGAGAGAAGCACACCAGAUGUUCUGCAGCUGCUGGUGAUUAAAGAAGAAGUUCCUACUGAGCAGCAGGAGAGCAGCUCCAGUCUGGACCAGCAGGGACAUGAGCCUCAUCUCAUGAAAGAAGUGAAAGAGGAGGAAGAAGAACAUGAUGUCUCCCAGCUCUCACAGACUCCUGUGGAUGUGAAGACUGAAGAUGAUGAGAAGCCUCCAACCAGCAGCUUAAUUCAACACAUGAAAACAGAAGCUGAUGAAGACAACUGUGGAGGAUCAGAACCAGCCAGCUGCUUGGACACGCCUCUCCACCCUGACCAGCAGAGGUCACUCUCUUCUGACACUGAUGACAGUGAAGACUGGAGAGAAACCAGCAACUCUCAGAGUGGGUCAAUGGUUCACGACAGUGAGAAGAAAGAUGCUGAUCACAGAUCACUGAUCUGCUCUUGCUGUGGAAAACAAUGUGCUUCGAAGUCUGGACUGACUAAACACAUGACGUCCUGCUCUAGAACAUUUACUUGUUCACAUUGUGGGAAAUGUUUUAAAAGAAGACAAAAUAUGAUCGCUCACAUGGCAAUCCACACUGGUAAAAAACCUUUCAGUUGCUCUAUGUGUGAUAAAUCUUUCAACAGAAAAAGUAGCUUGGAGGAACACAUGACAACUCACACAGAAGGAAAACCUUUUUGCUGUGCUUUAUGUGAUGAAAUGUUUACCAGAAAACAUAGCUUGCAGGAACACAUGAAUCGACACACUGGAGAAAAGCUUUUUAGUUGCUCUCAAUGUGAUAAAUGUUUUACGCGGCGCAGGAACCUGAACUACCACAUCAAAGUUCACUCUGAAAAGAAACCUUUCAGUUGCCCUCAGUGUGACAAAUCUUUUAACAGGCGUAGUAGCUUGGAGGAACACUUGAGAAAUCACACUGGUGAAAAACCUUUCAGUUGCUCACAGUGUGGUAAAUGUUUUACGGUGAGUAGGACCCUGAAAGAGCACAUGAGAAUUCACUCUGGAAAAAAACGUUUCAGCUGCUCUCACUGUGAUAAAUCUUUUUACAAAAUAAGUAACUUCAAGGAACAUUUAAGAAAGCACAAUGGUGAAAAACCUUUCAGUUGCUUUCAGUGUGGUAAAUGUUUUAACUGGAAACGUAGCCUGGGGAAACACAUAAAGUAUUGUGAUAGAAAAUGAAUCUUGGUCUCCUCAACAUUCUCUCAGUGUGAUGCAUGUAUGUGAAGAGGAAGCGUAAUGGAACAUUAGACUUCCCUCAUGUAACCUUCAGUAGCACCUAAAUCCUGAUUCAUCUGUGAUCUAAGAUAAGUAAAUGUAUGCAGGUGAAAAGAUGCUAUAAAAACACACUAACUAUCAUGAGUCUUAAAGCUGCAAAUGUUUUUGAUGUGCGAUCAAUAGGUGUUAUGAAUGACCCUCCGAACCUUGCAGAGGAGCUCAGGGAGCUGAGCAGUGAUGUUGUGAGGGGCGAUUAGAGGAGGGGAAGUCUGUUGAAUGCUCUUUUUCAUUCGUCCUGGAUUUUCAUACUUUUACAUUUGCUGCCGUGAGUAGAAUAAAUAGACAGAAUGUGAUGUUCUAUAUUUUAUGUAGCACACUUGGAAAACAACACAAGAAGCCUCUAUGACACUCUGGUUGAGGGUAACUUGACUUAGACACUUGUACGUUAAAGUCGCUCGCAACCAAAUAAAGAUGAAUAUUCCUUCUGAGUGCUUUCUCCGUGCUGUUCUUUUGGGCUGGUGUUGACAAUGUUCUACUGUUCGCAUGUUGCUGAGCCUCUUCAGAGCUU